AAUUAGUGAAUGUUACAAAUGGAAGAGGGAAGAUUGAGGACAGAGAUCUCUAAAAUAAAAUAUAUUGAAAGUGUAGUGUUAAUAUUCAUCAAAAUGCAACCCCUUAUGAUUGUAAUUUUUUCUCAAUAUGGUCUAUGGUCCCUAUGAAUGCAUGGAAUUUCAUUUCGAGGUAAGUUCAAUUUAAUUCUUCAAUGAUUUGGAUUAAUUGAUCUAUUUGUCCUCUACAAUUUAUUUUCAUUAAGCAUAGCCAGUUGCUCUUUCUUCGUCAAUUUGUCGUACUUCAAAUUACAUUCGAUAUACAUUUGAUAUGAUGAAUUCUACCAUCAUACUGAUUGAUUAAAACUUUUGCUGAUCAUAAUUCCAGUUAUUUUGAAUUCCCUGAGCAUGAACAGUCUGCAUGCUUUAUGAACCAAUGAGGUUAUUUCAAAUGAAACCUUUUCGGGUUAUUUUAUGAUACAUAUUUGACCAUUUUCGUACAUUUUUAGGGCCAAAGUUGGAGGCCUGAGUAGCUUGCUUCUGUAGGUCCAAGAUGCUGGUGAGCAUUUAUCACCUGUUUUGACAAUGAAAAGUGCAAUGACAUCUUUCAUUUGAUUUAAAUCUGUAAAAUAUCAUAAAAUUUACUGAGAAUGUCCAGUUCAUUUGUCAAUUUGACUUCAACUUAGCAGCCUAGGGAUUCAUGCUAUAUCUAAAAAGGAGUUUAGUUUAGAUUAACAGAAAGAUAUGCUAUUCCAUUUCAGAUAAUUGAAAUAUUCUAUUUCAAUCCUUCAGUCUUGGUAUUCUUGACUUACAUUUGAAGCAUCCUAUCUUAAAACUUUUGCAUCCCGACUUGUAUCCAUCUUAUUAGAGUGCCAUGUAAGUUUCAUGAACUAAGGAUUAGAAAAGGAGCGUCUUUUGGUGGAUAGUAAACUGGGAAAGGAAGAACCUAUAUGAAAUGUUGGAUACUGAAGUACAGUACAAUUGUUGGUGGAUUGCUCAAAGAAGAUGGUGAAGUGGUUGCAAUGACAGGCGAUGGGGUGAAUGACGACCUAGCACUGAAAUUGGCUGAUAUUUACAUUGCUAUGGGUAUUGCUGGGACAGAGGUUGCUAAGGAGUCUUCUGAUAUGGUGUUAGCGGAUGAUAAUUUCAGUACUAUAGUUGCUGCUGUUGGUGUAGGGAGAUCAAUAUAUAACAAUAUGAUAACUUCAUAAGGUCAUUUUUACCUUCUAUGCUUCAGUUAAUGAUAGAUAUUUAUUUUUCACUGAUUCCUGGUUCGAUAUUACAGGAGCUUCAUUGCGCAGAAAGAUUCUCCAAUGAUGUAUAAAUAUCAGCAUGAAUCCCUAAUAUUCCAUAAUUGAUCCCAACUGCCUAUACCUUUCCUACUGUGGUAAGUCCAUGUUGAUUUGGAUUAAUUGAUCUAUUUGUCCUCUACAAUUUUUUUUCAUUAAGCAGGCCAGUUGCGAUAGAUCUUCUAAAUUUGUCAAGAAGAGAGAUGAAGUUCCUUCCCCCCUCCUCCCUAAACAUGAAUAGUCAAGCAGAGAAAUGAAUACAAUAGCUAGUGAGGAUAAGAAUAGUAUUAUUGAUUCAAAGCCAAUGUAAACUAGUAUUCAUCCCGUGCUAAGCACGGCAUCCUUACAGAUUAUUUUUGUGCGUAAUUUUUCCUCAUCUCAUUUUUUGUUUUGUCACGAUAAAUUUAUCUUAAACAUACUUAUGGACAUUAUAACAACUUAACACAGAUUAGUAUUUAUGGACAUUAUAACAACUUAAUUCAACUUAACUCAGAUGGACAAAGAAAAGAGUCAUAAUCCAGUGUUUAUGGACAUUAUAACAACUUAAUUCAACACGAUAGAUUUUAGAGAAUAUGAAUU